AUCAAAUUAUCUUUUAUUUUCCGAAACGACAGACGAGGCUCGAUAUAAGUAGAUCUUAAUAUGAUGAUGCACGUAUGCGAACACGUCUUGUACCAGCUCGUACCUCCGGUGUACCUCUACAAGAUCCCAGGGCCAGAGCAAACCUCGCAAAAUUACAUGUUGGAUAUGCAACAAUUACAAUGUCGCGUAGCCAUUAAUUUUCGUCAGCAUAGCACCAUAGGUCAGCAUCCGUCCUGUUAGGUCCUGCAAUGUGCAUUUCUUGCCUCUGUCGCCUCUUCUGUCACGGUCGUCUGCAAGAAAUCAGGAUCCGACCUUGCAAGUUCGGGAUAUUGCCAGGAGGUCUAUCUCUCUCUCUACAACUUCAUGGCUAAGCUCACUGAUUCGAAUUCGACGAUUCGACAACCAGAACUUGAAUCAAAAUUGAACUUCCUCGCCCCUGCAUCACCAUGAAAUUACCCAGAAAUCACCCGAGAUGACCCCGCGCGCCCGAUGCCGUACAUAUUUAUUGGAUACACUCCAAACACUCUAAUUUAUGUAUCACCGCCUCCGUCUUGUUAUACCCAUUGUCAACAUUCAGCCAGAGCCUCGUGGUGGGCGAGAAUAUUAGUACUUACAGCCGAUCUCAAACGUUCCUGCCUUACUCCUACUUUUCUCUUCUCGCCAGAGAUGUCUGGCACUGAGGCCUUUCGCCCUCAAGGCAGGCUGCCGCUGGAUCCGUUUAGCAUUGCACCAGCAGGUGCAUCUUUGGGUAGCGCCGGGACUGGGAAGGAGAAAGUUCGAAGAAAGACAGGCUGGACUGUGAAAGAAGAAGAUCUGAAGCAUGUUUGGACGAAACACGAAACUGCGCAAGGGAAGGUCAUCCUGGUUCUAGGAGGCGAGUUUUUCUUCUCCUUACGCCGGUUGGGCGCUUGGUUAACUGAUGGGUGCCUCCGCCAUCUCCUUUCUGACAUCGUUUUUGCAUAUUUAGAACCCACAUUAAAAGACCUUAGUCCUCUACUGAACUCCUCUCUCCUGUCAAAGUCAUUACUUAUCCUUGCUACGGAGCGCCCGCCAUCCGAUUUGGCUUCAUUUCUUCAAAAUCACACUUUGAAAGGCCUUGAUUUUCUAGUUUUACGCGUCCAGCCGCUUCCUCACCCAAUUCCACAACAAAAUCACUCCAUCUUGAGCCGCGCGGAGCUUCUAGCGAGGAAAUGGAAACAAGAUCGAAAAUUAAUAUUUCCAGAUCCAGAGGAUGAGCGGGGAAGAUCCAAAUUCAGAAGGAACAAUAGAAAUACUUCUGAUGAAGCGCCAAUCAAAGCGGUGCAGCUUUCAGAAAUCGGAGGUGUUUUUGGGCGGGAUUUUACUGUAAGGGAGGAGGUUGGGUCGAAUCCUAUGGCCUCCGCUAGUGCUUUUCCUUCGUCGGGCCCUUCAUCUAAUCAGACACAAUCUCGUUCUCGGGCUCCCUCAUUUAAAUCUGCCUCGAUUUCCAAAAAGAUUCGAGGGCAGCGUUCUUUCGACGCUGUCAUCAACUUCGUUCCCUCCCCUGGAGUAUAUGAAGAGGGUCAGGAAUCAGUGUUCAUGCACAAUAUAUCUUCCGUCUCAUCUGCUAGUCGUGCAUUCCUCGCCCCGCCUUCUUCUGGACCUGGUGGCUCAGGCGACCGACGGGGCAGAAGCUUGUCAAGAGGCUCGAAGGGACGAAGUUCUAGCUUGGAUCGAAUUAGAAAUUGGAUGAGGAGUAGAUCACGUUCCAAAACUCGAAAUGACCAGAAGUCAGAAAAACUUAUCAGUCAUAAUCCUGAGUCGAGAUCUGGGACCGUGAGUCAUGGAAGGCAGGGACGUGUGUCCGAUUCUUUGGCCACGAUGGGAUCAAGGGAUAAAGGUCUGGGGGUAGCUCUGACUGGACCUACAGACUUUAGGAAGGAGAAGGGGAAGGCUGCUGAGGACAAUGCUCGCGAAGAUUCCGUUAAGAGAAUUGAGCGUGGGGUCUUGACUUCGUGGAGCCGGACGCAGCUUGGUCAAGCUAAUCUCCCCUCUCAAAUCCAAAACGAUUCCCGAAGUAACUUGGGAACAGCGAGUUCAGAAGGAUCCAAAGCAUAUCUUAUUCACGUUUUGCCACUUUCUCCCCCGCUGCCUACAACCGCCCUGUUGCGGACAGCUUUUUCCCAAGACCGACUAAGUACACACUAUUCAGAGCAGUCUUCUGGUUCUGUCAUUUCAUCUGCGGAAACGGAAAUGCCGCCCUUAGGAGCAAGUCACAGUACUUCGGAGGAGUUGAAAGAUCACGGUGUUUCUCGUGCGGUACCUGCCGCGCAAAAGCCAGAAUCUGUCGAAUCCUCUACGGCUAUAGCCCUCAAUGGAAGUCACAACCGAAACGGAUCUCUCGAUUCCAAGGUUCUCUUUUCACGAUCUAGCUCCCCCGGUUCUACACCUACUUUUCGAACUGUAUCGGGGAAUGAAACUAAGAAUGAAAUCAAGAAAGAACUGCCCAAUUCGGAAAAUCCCGCUCCGAUUGGGAGAUUAGAAUCAACCAAUCAAGUAUCUGCUACAGAGAGUUCCUAUCCAAACUUAGACGACAAUCACUUGGUUCUUACUAGUUCGUCGCAAGAAAAUACGAGCCUAAGCUCCCCGCGAUCGAAAACCCCACUCAACCGACGAGCAUCGUUAAUCUCUCCCGCUGUCGAAGCUGCUGUAAAAAUUGCCACUCGACAUUCACAUUCCUUGCAUGUCAGCAACGGGAGAGCAUUGUCGCUGACUGGACCGCAAAAGGACAGGCAACUCCAGCGUCGAAGCACUGCCAUGCAGGUUGCGUCUGCGGCAGCGCUUGCGGCUUUGGAAGUUAGCUUUACUAAGGCCUAUGAGAAUCAGCUAAAAAGAUCUCGCGUUAGUGACAUGCCUAUUAUCGGCCUUCAAGAUGCAGUCGAUGAAAAUGGUGCAGGAUCUGUAGCCCUUGAAAUGAAUGGCCCUGAAUCAGACAGCGAUCCUGACGGACAUAUUAUCGUACACUCUCGACAGUCUACGCUUUCUACAGACAUACCAGAAGCGUUAAUGCCUCAUCCCCAUCGUCAGAGGUCGCUGGUAUUACGUGACAGUAUUUUCAAUCCUCUGGAUAUUGAAGCCUUGUUUCAAAGAUUCGAUUCAGGCUUGGAUGGGACAUUGACGGAACGGCCAACGCCGAUAUCACUGCUACCCCGUCCUCAUGCUCGUGCAAGAACACAAUCUCUUGAUGGACCGACUAGGUUCUCAACGAAGUCUGAUGCUUCUUCGAGGGUUUCUGACAUUAUUUCUCCUAUAACAACCGCUCUUCCGAUGCCUCCUCUUUCUCCAACUGAUCCUGAUUUUUAUUACGAGAAAAACAAUCUGGUUCAAGAGUUGGAACAAUUCCUUCUUUCCUAUUCUUAUGCAGACUUCUCGUCCUCCGUUGUCUCACUCUCGGCACUUCCGAAAGGUGCUGCAAAACCUGCCAUAAUCAGUGGUGGUCCUGCUGAUAGCAAAAGCCCCAUCUCAGUUGAUGCUAUGGACGCAUCGAACAGACUAAGUCGAGUGGAUCAAACACCCACGUCAUUCCUUCUUCCUCAAGGCUUGUUAGGACUUUCCUUCAAGACCACUUCUUCAUCUUUCCCAGAUGACUUAAGGCUUUCAUUUGUAGACCUCAUCCUUCACGGCCUACUGGAUCCUACGUCGGAAUCAUUAGCGCUGUAUCGUGAUGCUAUGUUCGUCGCCAAGAAAAUGAGUCCUCCGGGGCUUCACGCCAGUGGAAGAAGAGGUGUCACACUGAACGAGCUGCUGGCCUUGGGUGCGUUGAGUGGGGAAGAAGCCGGUGUAGCGCAUAGCAUGCCAAGGGCGUGGGUAGGAGGAAUUGCUGACGUCGAUAUUGAAAACGCAAUUCCGGAAAUUUCCCACUUUAAUUCAGGCGUGCCAGAUAGUGGAAGCACCACUACGACGGAGGGGUUGCCUUCAAGGGGCGCAGUGGCUGGGUCGAAUACCGGUGAACUUCCUACCACACCUCCCAUUUUCUCCAUGCCACUGUUAUCCGCUGUUUCUCUGCAUUCCCAGACUGUGGCUCGAUCUCUGAGAGAAAGAGGAGGUUCUGAACCUAGUAGCCCACAUCUGGACGUGGUUCAUCUACAGAAUAAAGUAGAGGAUGGUUGGAAACAAUCCGUCAAUGAGUCUGUGGACGCGAGAGAGGAUGAUGGCGAGCUGAGUGCAGUUGAGUCUCGUCAAACGCAUACAACUGCAGUUGUUCCAUCUGUUGCUCUAGAUACAGUACAUUCAAAGCCAUCACUCGCUCGAACCGCUACUGCACCUGCAAUUUCUUCAUUACACUAUUCAGGUGCACUGAAGCGAAUGUAUAGCUUCAUACCUCCUGGUGCAGCACUUCCGGUCAGUCCCCACUUGCCCAACGCCUAUUCGACAUUCCCCAGGCAUUCUGUGUUGCUCAUGAGUCCUACAAGUCUUCCUCAGCACCAGCAAAACUUUACAGCCUCUACCGAAGCCAGGCCACAAUCUGAUAUUGAUUCAGAAAAUGGUGGUGAGGACCACCGUGAGGCAGACGAUGAUAUGAAGGAUACGGACACGGAAGACGAAGAACGAUGCUCGGAACUUACGAGCGGCACGUCCAUCUCUUCAAAUCCCAAUCUCAUCGGUGCAAUUCCGCUUCCUUCAGUAUCUUCGCCACUUCUCGGUAGCCCUCACUCGAGCAUCUCAGGAUCUGGUACUGUCACUACAAGUCUCAUUUUCAGUGACGAAACAGAGAUCCUACCUUCUCAGGUCGAGCCAGAAGUUAGUGUUGAGGUCGUGUCGCUUUCGGACAGUAUUUCUAUCAUCCUUGACCCGCCGCAGCCUAGAACCAGCCUACUUCUCGGGCCUGAGGGCUCUGAAUCAACUCCACCAGAGUCGCCAAGCACCCCGACAGGAUCACAAAUCCAACCGGAUAUCACGGAACGGCAAAAGAUCGCUAGUACAUUCGAUUCAGAUAACUUGGCAUCUAGUUCAAAGCGCAGUGUACAUAGUAGUCCAAGUGGAAGCUCUGCUCCGCGUUCUCCAUCAUCUCCCCUCAUUGACGGAAAGAGAAACUCGAAAAUUUGGCUUCAACGUUCUCUCAAGCCAUCUGGGCAAGGUACACCCCCUGAGUCUCCAAGCAGAGGGUAUUUCAGCGGCACUGCCGCUCCUGAAGGACGGAGAAAUUCACGCGUUGGAGAUUCAAUCGUUGAUUUGCCCAGCAGCAGCGUCAGCGAUUCUCCUGAUACAAAGGGAAAGCUUUUAAAUCUCCCACAUCUCGGGAUUCGUAGACGUUCUACCGUGCCGAAGGAGCGACCGUCAAGCAUGUAUAGCGAUAGUGAGAACGUUGAUGAUACAGAGGCAGUUCCGAAGAAAGCCAAACGUCUCUCAAGAGCUAUUUCGUGGAUGGUGACUGAUUCGGACGAUGGUCCUACUUAUACGCUCGACGUAGACCUCGAGGAAGGACAGCGAUCCGGCAGAAGCUCAAAAUCUGGUAGUCCAGUCAGAAGUUUCUUCAACAGCCUUGCAGCAUCAGCUUCUGCGACGUCUUUGUUGCUGAACCUUUCACACAAGGAGAGGAGGCUCAGUACGAGCAGCAGUAGCAUUGAAAGUGGAACCUUCACCGUAGACGGCCCAGCCACCAGUGGCACAGGCUCUACUCCAAUUCCAGACACACAUUCUCCAGCUCCAGCAUUGGUAAUCACACCAACACCCUCCCCACUUCUAUCAAUUCUUUCCCUCCCUCUUCAUAACCUCUCGAGUCGCCCGAAAACCCCACCUGGUCAAGCUUUAAUCAUCUCUGACUCAACGCCGAACUCUACAUGUUCUACUAUACCUCCAUCUUCGGUUAGCGUCCCCCAAAGGCUUAUGGUUUCCACUAACGCCAGUCUCGCUCGACGACAUUCCAAUGGCGCAGCCCCUGUGGGGCCACGGGCUCCAAAACGCAGUGGAUCUAUGCGUACUGUGACUUCUGCUAUCUCUCUCAAGACUAAUAGCGGUGAAUCGACACAAUCGCAGCUGCUCAUGAGCCCAAUUUCUAAUCGCCCAUUACCAGUUCCUGUGCCAGUGCCACAAUCAGAGUUGGUGCACACUGAUGUGGGAUCUGUAAUAAAAGAAGACGCAACAGAGAAUCUCAUCACUCCUUUCCCUGCUCCUAGUCCUAAUUCGAACAAGGACUCCGAGAGUCGUCCGAACACAACGAGCAGACCUCAAUCUCGUAGUGGUACUCCCACCGCAUUCUCUCCAUUACGGAAACUCGCUAUCGACGAAGUACCUUUGCGUACGAGGAUUCCUCGUGCAGCUAUCCCUGUAGGUAAAGCAGACAGGCCUACGAGUGUCGCCGGUGUGGGCGACAUUGGUACAGGAAGUGGUUCGUCGAAAGGGAAGUGGAGGUUCUGGGGUAACGGGACUGGAAAUAAACGUCCCGUAUCGAUGACAGUCGAUCUCACCAGAGAAAUUUAGAUCUGAAUCAGCAACCUUUUUUUCACCACAAUCACCCUUAUUGCAUUUGCAUAAUUCAUAUACUAUCAUUAUAUACUCAUGUAGCACACAAUUCUGGAAGGAAAAAAUAA